CAAAACGUUCGCCAACAUGGAGGAAAGUAAAGUAAAACUCACCGAAAUCAACUUAUCCGAAGACCCGGCGGUAACCCUCACAAUACGACUCAUCAUGCAAGGCAAGGAGGUCGGAAGCAUCAUUGGAAAAAAGGGAGAAAUCGUUAAGCGUUUUAGGGAAGAGUCGGGUGCAAAAAUCAACAUAUCAGACUGCUCGUGCCCGGAACGAAUCGUCACCGUCUCCGGAUCAAGAAGUGCUAUCUACAAAGCCUUUACACUUAUUACAAAAAAAUUCGAAGAGUGGUGUUCACAGUUUCAAGACAAUACAACUGCACAGGGUAAAACGCAAAUUCCAAUUCGCUUGAUUGUGCCAGCUAGUCAGUGCGGCUCCUUGAUCGGAAAAGGCGGCUCGAAAAUCAAAGAAAUUCGAGAAAUCACGGGGUGUUCGAUUCAAGUUGCAAGUGAAAUGUUGCCAAAUUCUACGGAACGCGCUGUCACACUUAGUGGAUCAGCGGAAUCAAUCACGCAAUGUAUCUAUCACAUAUGCUGUGUUAUGCUGGAGUCCCCUCCCAAGGGAGCCACCAUUCCGUAUCGACCAAAACCACAAGUCAAUGGUCCGGUAAUCGUGGCUAACGGACAGGCUUACACCAUCCAGGGCAACUACGCGGUACCAGCGCAAGAAGUUUCAGGAAUCGCCAAAAAUCCGCUCGCUGGCCUGGCGGCGCUAGGAUUAGCCGGUGCGAUUCCCACAAACACCGGAGGGCUCAACCCAACUGCUCUCGCCGCUUUGGCCGGUUCUCAGCUGCGAACCAACAACAACCGCAACGUAGCUCAAGUUCAGUCGCAAUCGCAUGAAAUGACCGUACCCAACGACCUGAUAGGCUGCAUCAUCGGUAAAGGCGGCACCAAGAUUGCCGAAAUACGCCAAAUCUCCGGCGCUAUGAUCCGCAUUUCCAACUGCGAGGAGCGCGACAGCGGUAACACGGAUCGCACGAUCACCAUAACGGGCAAUCCAGACUCGGUCGCGCUGGCCCAGUACUUGAUCAACAUGAGCGUCGAACUUCAGAAGGCGAAUUUAGGCGACGAAGCGAGCACGGCAGCGGUCACUGCCACUGCGCAGGGGGCCGGCGGUGCUCAGCCGGCCGCGACCGGACUGGUGCCACCGUCGGCGGCGGCCACGGUAGCUGCCGCGGCAUCUGCGGCCGCAGCGGCGGCGGCCAGCUCGAAUGUCACUGGCGCGACGGCGGUCGGUGCAAAUGCGGCCGCUGCUGCAGCUGCUGCCGCUUCGGUCGCAAAUCCGCUGGCCACGGCCAUCCCGCUGGCGCAACUGUUGUCUAAGCCGGGGGCGCUCAAUGCGCUGACCAGCCUAUCGGCACUCGGUGGUCUCACCGAUUUGCUUGGCAAUCUGUCCAGCGGUGCAACUGCCGUGACACCGAUCCAGACAACCGGUGUCAAUCGAUCGAAAACUACUCGAAUGCGCUCUCCAAACACCAACAACAGCCUUAACGGCGAUAGCAGUAAGAAGAGUGAGCGCAACAAGUUCAAUCCAUACUAAAGACUAGCAGGAGGCACACUACUAUCGCCAGCUUCUCCUCUGUACCCGAGAACGG